UCUUUCCGUCUUUUUACUUUUUUUUUUUGGAGAAUUAAAUUAUACAUGUUCUCAAUGGAAGCCCGUUCUUCACCGCUUUUGUUUGUUCUCUUCCGCAUCAUACCCUCGAUUAGUUCCACAUACAAACUUCUAGAAGUUUCGAUUUUGUUUGUCCAAAAUGGAAUUGUUUUUUGUUGAAUCUUUAGGUAGCCUGUUCAUUCGCUCGUAGAAUUGUUUUGUCAAUGGAAAAUCCCGCCUCGUACUUCACGAAAUUCCAGACAAUAGACACCAAAACUGAGGUAUCCAGAUUUGUAAUUGUCGGAUCCGCAGUGAGUGUUAGCGGUUGUUGUGCUCAAACCCCUAUCUUGAUGCAGUUUUUGUGACCUAGGUAUUUAGGGCCAAUCAACCAUAUCAGCAGUUUAGGCAAGGCCAUGUUCAGAGAAUGUCUAUUCAGUAUUCACAAUGUUCAUGCUGCACAAGAAAUAAGUCAUUCACAGCCCUCCCCCGUUUAUUGUCUGUAACCAGCAGAAAGUUUAAUUAUGGUGAUAUUUUUCGGUGUCUAUCCAUGGAAGCCCCUAGUAAUUCAUAAGUAUGAUGGAAACCCUUAGAUUCAGAUGACACAGCUCCUUCCUUGUUUUGGUGGACAUAUGGCUACUCAUUCUUUAGCAUUAACUAAUGCUUCUCAGACUGUAGCAGAACAACCGUUAAUCAUUAGGCAAGAACAACCAUUAGUCAUUGGGCAAGAGUUUCCAGAUGUAGAAACUUGCCGAAGAACAUUGAAAGAUAUUGCCAUAGCUAUGCAUUUUGACCUUCGGAUAGUUAAGUCAGAUCGCAGUCGAUUUAUAGCAAAAUGCUCCAAAGAAGGGUGUCCAUGGCGUGUUCAUGUUGCAAAAUGUCCUGGGGUUUCUACUUUUACUAUUAGAACCCUACAUGGAGACCAUACUUGUGAGGGAGUUCGCAACCUUCAUCAUCAGCAGGCAUCAGUAGGUUGGGUUGCAAGAUCUGUAGAAGCGCGCAUACGAGACAAUCCACAAUACAAGCCAAGGGAAAUACUGCAAGAUAUCCGUGAUCAGCAUGGAGUUGCUGUUUCUUACAUGCAAGCUUGGCGUGGGAAGGAGCGGAGCAUGGCUGCACUUCAUGGAACAUUUGAAGAAGGUUAUCGUCUUCUCCCUGCAUACUGUGAGCAAAUAAGGAAAACCAACCCUGGUAGCAUUGCAUCUGUUGUUGCCACUGGACAAGAAAACUGUUUUCAGCGCCUGUUUAUUUCUUACCGUGCAUCAAUUUAUGGGUUUAUAAAUGCUUGUAGGCCACUUUUAGAGCUUGACAGAGCACAUCUUAAAGGGAAGUUCUUGGGUUCAUUGCUUUGUGCUGCUGCUGUUGAUGCUGAUGAUGCAUUGUUUCCCUUGGCCAUUGCUAUUGUUGAUACUGAAAGUGAUGAAAACUGGAUGUGGUUCAUGUCGGAAUUGCGAAAGCUUCUUGGAGUAAACACUGAUAACAUGCCUAGACUGACAAUAUUAUCUGAAAGGCAAAGAGGCAUUGUGGAGGCUGUAGAAACACAUUUUCCCACUGCUUCCCAUGGUUUCUGUCUACGCUAUGUUAGCGAAAAUUUUCGCGAUACAUUCAAAAAUACAAAGUUGGUGAAUAUCUUCUGGAAUGCUGUCUAUGCCCUUACAGCUGCUGAAUUUGAAAGCAAGAUUAGUGAGAUGAUAGAAAUCUCGCAGGAUGUUAUACCUUGGUUUCAACACUUUCCUCCCCAUCUUUGGGCUGUGGCAUACUUUGAGGGUGUUCGAUAUGGCCAUUUUACUCUUGGGGUAACUGAAUUGCUGUACAACUGGGCCCUUGAGUGUCAUGAGCUUCCUAUAGUGCAGAUGAUGGAACACAUCCGGCAGCAGAUGGUGUCUUGGUUUAAUGAUCGGCAAGAUACGGGCAUGAGGUAUACAUCAAUCCUUGUACCCUCUGCUGAGAAGCGGAUUAUGGAAGCAAUUGCUGAUGCUCAUUGCUAUCAAGUACUCCGGGCAAAUGAAGUGGAGUUUGAGAUUGUCUCAACUGAGAGGACCAACAUUGUGGAUAUAAGAAGCCGUGAGUGUUCUUGUCGUCGAUGGCAGCUUUACGGUUUACCUUGUGCCCAUGCUGCUGCUGCCCUUAUAUCUUGUGGACACAAUGCCCAUAUGUUUGCCGAACCAUGCUUCACUGUACAAAGUUACAGAAUGACCUAUUCACAGACAAUAAAUCCCAUUCCAGAUAAGAGUGAAUGGAGAGAACUUGGGGAAGGAGCAGAAGGUGGAGGUGCAAGGGUUGAUAUUAUGAUUCGCCCACCAAAGACUCGCCGACCACCUGGAAGGCCAAAAAAGAAGGUUCUACGAGUGGAGAACUUUAAGCGACCCAAAAGGGUAGUUCAAUGUGGUCGCUGCCAUAUGUUAGGACACUCUCAAAAGAAGUGCACAAUGCCCAUUUGACAAAAGUACUUUACAUGUCAAAAUAUCUCGAUUCAGCAACAUUAGAGCAAGUAGAAUGAAUGUUGUGUUGGUAUUGUAAUUUAAACUAAAUGUAUGCUGAACCAGUCAGUGGCGAAUAAGGUUAAUUAAUUUUUGGCUUAAUCCACAUUUCGGUUGUUGGGCCGUUUGCAUGAUCUGUUGUCUGUUA